AUGAUUGAAAGGCUCUUCAAAAUCUGGUACCUACUUUCUCUGCAUCGAAGCUUUUGGCGAUAUUGGCGAGACUUCGACAACAAUACUGCCGGGUAUAUCUUCAUUUGCAGUCAUCCUCGAAGCGACGGUGAAGUCCGCAAAACCACGGAGCGAAGCACGAGUGUGGGACACUACACAGGGGACUUUGCUGAGAUGAUACCCGUCGCUAUUCGAAAGCUGUGUAUAUCGUGGUGCGAUCCUAAUGUGCGCUUUCUUUUGGGACCUCUCAGCGUCGAGGAUUUGGAGGUGAAUGGACUAGGCCCACACGAAUGGUUUUCCUCGCUGGAGGAGCUCGUUUUGGAUAUCCCACUUCCUCAAGAUAUAAUCCCAAAGCUCGUCAAGGCGAUAUCCGCCAUUCCCGUCCUUAAGGUCUUUCGUAUCGUCUCCUGUACGUCUGAGGACGGCAGCAGUAUGAUGAAGAAUUUGGAUGUUCAAUGGUUUAGCACAUUUUCUCUCAACCUCGGUCAAUCAACAUGCUGUUUCCAGUACACCAUUAACGAAUGUGAUAAUUGGGAAUAUAGGGAGUCGAACCCCAAGGCAUCACGGAAGUGCGAUAAAGUUGGCCAUUACACAAUGAGUCUGCUACCUUUCAGUACUCAGGGAAAAGAAUUAUCGAUUCUCUACCCUGCGACAUAUUUCAUUAUCCUACUGCCAUCCCUCGAAUCAACCCUCUUGCCUCUACCAAAAAAAUGUUUUGGGAAGUUUCAACUAAACCCCAUGGUGACGCAAGAUACGUACGAUUUUCUGAAGGCCAAUACUGCUCCCCAGUUCCGGGAAUGCACGCCCCAGAUCCCAAUAGAGCGCAAGCUUCGAGCAUCUCACUACCACAUCCAAAGACGUGUGCAUUACGAAAAGUGUUAUAUCAUAUACGAAAAGUACGCAACUGCAAAAUACCUGUAG